GAUGAGGGAGGAGGAACAAAGGCCUGUGUGGGCCGCCGUGCGUCAGCUCUGCCAUUACCUCCGUCAGGCCUCACGCAUUGCGUCCGUGAGGAGGAGGAGGAGGAGGAAGGAGGGGGGAGGGAGGAAAGGGGAGGAAGGAGGAGGGGGUGUGGUGGUGGAGCGGGGGGGAGACGGAAGUCAGGCGGGUCGAGCAGGUGCCGAGCCCGCCGGGGGAAGCGGCCUCUCCCUCUGCCCGCCCAGCACACAGGCCGCACGCCCUCUCCCGCCUCCCCUCCUCCCUCCCCAACAAGAAACCCUUCCCUCCCUCCCCUCUCCCACCACCCUCGCCCUUUAUAAAUCUGGGAAGAAAGAACAGCGCCGCUCACUUCAAGCCGCCCGCGGGAAGCGGCGCCAAUUCACCUCAGGAAGGCCGCCGGGCGAACCAGCCCUGAGCCGACGGGCCGAGCGGCUCCCCACACACAGAGAGAGAGAGAGGAGAAGCAUCUACCCCCCCCCCCCCCGUCUUCUUCUGCCUUUAACCAACAAAAAAAAGGGGAAAUAAAACACUCACCCCCCCCUCCUCCUCAGAAGAAGCCCGACAAUAGCUAGGCCGCGGCCCCGAGGCGCCGUCGUCAAGGAGGCGGCGGGCGGGGGGGGGGGGUGGAGACAACAACAACAACAACAACCGCCGCCAGAAAUAAAAUGGGAAGCUCGGAAGCGAGCGGGGCAAAUGUUCUGCCGCUGAGACGUGGAAGCCAUUGGAGAAAACACGAAUGAUUCAUCCCUCGUUGAGGGGGGGCCGGCGCCCGCAGUUUUGCCCCCAGCAGCCGGCCCCUGGAAGAUGUCAAGUGGUCUCCAGGAUGCAGCCAUCAGCAGCUUUCUGCAGUUCAUCGAGGAGAAGGGUCUGAAGGCCUACAACUCGCUGACGAGCCUCAGCUGCAGUUCCGACCGAGUCAGUCGCUCCCUCCGUCACGAGAUGAACCUGCUGUACCGCAAAACCAAGGUGGAGUGGAAGCACAGGGAGGAGGAGCCGAAGAAAAGCAUCUGCAAGGAUGGGGGUCUGGCCAGGGUCCGGGACUUGGCCUCCUUCCGCAAGCACUUCCGCAUGGGCUUCAUGACCAUGCCCGCCUCCCAGGAGCACGGGCCCCACCCGUGUGCCAGUGGCAUGACCACCCGCUCGCUGUCCCUUCACUCGGUGGGCAGUGUGGACAACAGCGAGCAUCCCUGCGCCCGCAAACAGCCCGACAAACCCCGGCGCCACCCCAGCACCAAGCUCAGCCUGUGUACCGAAGGCAGGAACAGCACCGGCAGGGAAGGAGACGGGCCCAAUGGUGAGAAAGCCUCCCAGCGAUCUGGAGCCAAGGGAGGUGACGGCGGGCAGAGGGUCCUCCCACUGAAGGCGAAGUUCUGCCCCAGCGCCCAGCCCUCUGUGUCCUUUGACGAGUCAUGCCCCGGCCGAGGGGCAGCCGUCCCGGCCAGGGGAGUAGCCCCCCGGUGUGGCUUGGAGGAGGAGGGGGAGAAGGGGGACGAGGAGGAGGAGGAGCCCGUCUACAUUGAGAUGGUGGGCGACGUGUUCAAGGAGCAGACGGCGGCAACGGUGGACGAGGACUCUGAGCACAACGAGGCCAUCUAUGAGGAGAUGAAGUACCCCCUGGCGGAGGAAGGCCAGCGGGACGCCAAGUGGGGCAGACCCUCCGAGCCGGCCCCCAGGCUCCCUGGAGAGCCGGGCCAAGGGAUGUCCAGGGGCCAUCACCAGCCCAGUUCCAGGGGCCCGCCGUACGACAUCCCGCCCCCUUUCCCCAACCUCCUCCUCCACCGCCCGCCCCUCCUGGCCUUCCCUCAAGGUCCCGGCCAGAAGUCCUACCAAGAGGCACCCCCCCUGCUGACGUCCCAUGGAGAUCCCCCGCCCCCCAGCCCGGCUGCCCCCAGGCCCCAGAAGGAGGACCGGAACCCUCAGGGCUCCCUCUUGCCCUCGGGGCGGGCGAGGAGCCACUCGACGCCGCUCCCCCCUCAAUCGUCAGGUCAGCACCGGCCCGAGAAGGAGCUGCCCAGCUCCCAGACCAUGGUCUGCACCCCCUCCAAGGCCCUGGCCCAGUCGCCCCUCCCUGCCCCACUGGCUCUGGCCCCGCCGAAGGCGGAUAGGGAGAAACUGGCCUCCCUCAGCAUCAUCUGCUCCUCCGUCAAGGUCACCGCCCACCCGCUGCUCGCCCAUAUCCCGGGGGAGCCCAGGGCGGGCACCGACAAGGAGCUAUCCGGGCUGCAGAGCGUCUUCCACUCUGUCGGGAAGUCCAGCGCUGUCUCCCGACCCCUGUCCGGCCUCUACAAGGUGCCAGUGGCCCACGGACUCCUGGAGCACGGUGGGCUGCCCGUCCCGGGCUCCAUGAUUUGGCCCUACCUCCCCGCGGCCUGCAAGCGUCCACCGGCCUACGAGAGUCUGAGGCCCAAGGGCUGCCUGGCCACCCACCACUCCACGGUGAAGACCCAGGGGCAGGAGCGGCCGGCUGUCUGCUCCACUGUCUGCUGCUCCAGAUCGCUGGUCAGCUCGGAGUCCCGGCCAGCGUCCGGCGCCGGGAGUGAGGCGUCCGCCGGUCCCGGGAGGGUUUGGCAGCGCAAGUUGUCCUGCAGCAAGAAGGUCAAGGAGGCGGAAGGUGGCCCUCGAAGCCGGGGCGGAGCCGAAGAGUCCCUGGCCAAGGAGGAGAAGCCCUCGUCCAUACCGGCGAAAUCUCAGGGACUGGAGGACUCGACAGUCAAAGCUCCCUCUCGAUCAGGAGUGCACCAACCCUGCCCACUGGUCUGCCAGUGGAGUGCAGACUCUGCUCUCAACCACCGUCUUGGCCGAUCUGCCUCCACGUCGGGGGUCCAGCACUCUCUGGCUCAACUCCAGCGACAGUGCAGCCAGUCAAGAGACAGCCCCACCCAGAUUUUCCAACAGCAGCCAGGGCUGAGGGAGAAGGAUGGGAAGCUUCUGGAAGUUAUUGAGCGCAAGCGUUGCCUUUGCAAGGAGAUCAAAGCCCGUCGAGGUCCCGACCGGAGCCUGUGUAAGCAGGACAGUAUGCCCAUCCUACCCAGCUGGAAGAGGGGUGUGGAUACACGGAAAACCGGGACACCACCCUGUCAACGACAACACACAGUCCUCUGGGAUACAGCCAUCUGAAGUUGCCCAGUUCUCUCACCCUCUCUCCACCUCCCCGCUUGCCAGGAGAGGCCAUGAUUCCCUGGGCAACCGUCACCUUUGAACUCCACGGGCCCCAGUGUUGCCUUGAAUUUACCCAGGCAGAUUAUCCCCAACUCCACCCCACCCCCCCCCCCCCCCCCCCCCCCCCCCCCCACUCCCCUUCACCUCUUGCCCUGUUCGCUCCUCAAGCCUUGAGACAUGUAACGAGGAUCGGGUGGGGUGGGGGGGGAGGUGGGAGGGGGAGAAAUGGAGCAAAGCCUGUGGUGUUCCACAUUGAGGUGAUGAACACUGCAUCACAUGACAGCGAGCCAAUCAUCAAUGGAGAACAAUGAGUUGCCUUACAAGCAAGAGUCCGUGGACGCAACAGAGGAGGAGAAAGUUCGGGAGAUAUUUGUUGCCAUUAAUGCAUUGCUUCUCUCUUGGGACAGUAUUUUCAGACCUGGGGUGUUUUGCAGUGUGUCCUGGGUGAGAUUGGCACUGUCCUUCCAUCAAACCCAACCCACAGUUGACCCCACCCCCUUGUCCAACCCACUAAAUCCAAGGGAAACCAGCAAUCCGUAGUCCAACUCACCGUCCUGGUAACAAUUGUGCCAACCAAGCUGAAAUCCCAGAAUGUUUUCAGGUGCCAACCCCUCUGCCCAGAGAGAGAGAGAGAGGUUGACUGAGGAGAAAUCAGUAGACUGGGCCUCUGCUCUUCUAGUGUGUAGAAGGAGGAGAGCCAUCUGAAAUGUUUUACAGGGCUCGGGCAGGCUGGAUACAGGGGGGAUGUUUCCGCUGCUUGAUUCUCGAACAGGGACCCACCGACAGGCUGUCUGACAUUGAGAGGAGGAGCAAUAUCUUCACUCAGAGGGUGGAGAAUCAGAGAAGGGCAAGAAAUUCCAUGCAGAAGGGAGGCGAAACCACGAGGGGUGAGGUUGAGGGCUUGGGACAGUCCAGGGCACGGACUUGUGAGGCUUGGAGUCGCGUUCGGAGUGAACGUGAUUCCCAGCGAGUUCUGUAACAAAGAUCCCCCCCCCCCAGGAGGUCCCUGUCCCAGUACCGGAGCCACCACCCAGGGGCAAGGUGGAAUGUGUCACUCCGAGGCACUGGGUGACAGAGAAAGUGACCAGAUACUGACCACCACCACCUUCCUCUCUCCCCCCCCCCCACCAAUUGGGAAAGGGAGUGGUAGUGACAUCACACAAUCAGCAGGGUCUGCACUGCUCCAGGAGUCUUUAGAUGGGACGGUGUGGAGGGAGCUUUACUCUGUGUCUUACCCGUAUCCUGGGAGUGUGUGACUGGCCCAUACAGCCUUCAUAUGGUCUCUGCUGCAAUUGGGGCCUCAGUGGGUCCAUGGGAUCACUGAAACCCUGCUCCAGAAUCACCCGCCUGCCCCCACUGUGCUCCUGUUUGGAAGCAAAGACCUGAGCUGCUGCACUCGGCUCCUGCUGACACCCACCACCACCACCCCACCCCACCCUGCCCUCCCCAGCCCCAAGACAGUGCCUGUCAGUGACUCUGGGUGCAGGGCUGGAUCAGUCCCUCCCAUCUCACUGUGCCCAAGGGCACGCACAGAGGCGCACCCACAGACACUCACAUGUACGCACUCAUACGCAGACGUAUGCACAAAUGCACGUAUGCAGACAAGCUCACAAGCAAACAUCUCAGUCACACACACAGGCACGAUCACAUGCACCAACAUAUACCCAAAUGUAUAUACACACUCACUAACACACAUGCACUCUCCGUUACAGACACACAAAUACAGUGCACACGCAGUCACACCCACUCACAGACACACCACUGCGCACACUCACACAUUCACAUACUUGCAAACAGAAAACGUGCUCACAGGCGCACUAAGAUGCACUCUGACGCACGUACAGACACAGGCCGCACAAGGAGCUUGUAGCUGAGUGUGCUGUGCUUCUGGAGCACCCCUAGUGUGUCAACCUCUUCGGGGAGGGGCUGCAGGAGAGAGAGGUCUUGCACCCUGUGCCAUGCCUCGCCACAGCUGUCUGUCCUGCUCUGACCACCUUCGACACCUGAGAGCAGGUCCCUUCCCCAUGCCCGGUCCCCUCUUCAGACUCCAUCCCAGAAACCACACACCCUGCACAGGGCUGGUGAUUCCUUCCGUUACCUGGGACCCAACUCUUGCAAUUGAGGGAAAGAACUGGACCGAGAUUACGUUUCCGAACCGGGAGCCGGUCGGAGUGCGAGCAGAGGGAUCAGCUACCUGACCCCACCACGCCUCCCAAACGCCUCACGCCGCCAGACCUUCACGUGGGAGUGUCCGUCAGCUAUUUGACUGGCGGAGAGGGAUGGGAUAUACCCUCUGACCCUCCCCAUACUCCUGUUUUCCUGCCCCUGCAGUCGGACAUUCUUUCCCACAGGAGGGGUAGCGACGGGGGAGAAUAUGCCAGUGUUUACUUUCCUUGUGAUCUUCUCACUCUGUGGGAGGGCCCCCACCUCACCUCCAAUAACCCCCCCUGCCUGAAGACCUUGUUGUCCUCUACAUCCCCACAACCCCUCUGGGACAUCUUCUGAGUCACCCGGGGGCAACCCUGAAGGGAGGGGUUUGGGCACAAGCUUUCAGCCUUGUCAUUGAUAGGCCCCAGCAUGGGGUAAGAAGAGGGUAGACCGUUGGGAUGAGAAGACAUUAAAGCAGUGCUCUCUGCUCUGUGGGCAUCAAGCAGCCCAAUACCACGCCCACAUCAACCAAAGAUAAUCACAUUCUUUAAUAUAUAAACCUGUACAUAUAAAACGUAUUUACUUCUGAAUACUUCAUGAGACCAGGGGUCUCUCUUGUCCAAGAUGGUGGAACCUAUGUCUUGGCAUUAAGUACUUCCAGGGCAGAGGGCAGUGCUCUCUCUCCCUUGACUUGGUAGCCCGGAGCCAACAGCCCGUUGCCUCUGGAGUUGUCCCGGGCUCUUGCAACCAAUUGGUGUGCGUCUUGGUCUUGCCUCCAUCUUAGGCUGCUGCUUCUAAGGGGGUGGCCAAUUCCCAAGCUCAGUAGGCCUCCAGAGAUGGAGGCAGGGGGGGGGGUGGUGGUGAGGGGAGGUGCCAAUAAAAGAAACCAGACCCAUGUGCCAAGGUGUUGCUGACUUCCAGAGCCAGGAGACUCAUCAGAUGGUGGUGUUUGAAGGCCUGGAAUCGAUCAGGAGCACCAUCUUCAUCUCCGGGAGUGUCGCGGAAGCAGUGUCAGGCUCCUUGCAUCCCCUCCCCAACCCAUUAACAACCAAUCGAUUUGUUUGCACUGUACACCAGAGAUAAACUUGAGUUGGCCAACAGGUUUGGCCCAAUUGCUAAGCAACCCUUUCUAAAGUUAGCUUAAUCAGAAUAAAAAAAUCCACCGUACUAUAUCUAGUAGUAUCCCAAGAAGCAUCUUAUGUAGCUGAUAAUAAUGAGAUGAUUUUAUUGAGUACAGUUUUAAUGAUUGUGGUUGCAAUAAGGAGAAUUGUAUCUGACAAACCUGUACAGUUAUCCAAUUAUUUAUUUUUAACUCUUCUCAUAUAAAUGAAGCAAGGUUCAGGAUUCCUUCGUUGUAAUUAAGUGGAUCUAUUUUGUUUUUACAUUUCUGAGGUUGAGGUUAACAUGUUUCUGUGACACGCUUGCUGUGUAUCUCAGAAGCUUAAUUUGACUAGGCCGUGGCGUUGCUAUGUCGACGAUGUGGGAAGACGAGGAGGAAUUGUGCUUCCUAAAUGUUCAAACUUUUCCAAAUUUAGGACUCUCUUCCCCCCUGCUCCCCUCAGUUACCACAGGUCCUGGAGCCUCAUCUUCCAGUGUGACAGGUUACAAGUGUUGACGUGGGAAAUCAAAAAAAAACAGCCAAUUCCAACUUGACCAAAACUCCCACCACUAUUUGCAGAUGAGAAAUGUGCAUCUUACAGAACAUUGUAAAUAAAAUAUAAAAUUGAAAACCAAAUGCCAUCUAAUAAAUCAGGUGGAGACUUCCUCCCCUUGAUUGGGGAUAUUCUUA